AUGGGAUCGCAAGCGGAUCGGAAGAAUAGCGGCAAGACGGACAUUUCUAACCUGGGCUUUACGCCAAUGGUCAAGGUCUCUGGAGAAUGGGAAGUGGAAAAGGUGGUCGAUGCAAUUCCCGGUGAUGCUCCCAAGUCGGGAGGCCAGUCUCCCCUUGCCUUUUUCCACAUGAUUGAACGACUCAAGACGACGAAGCGCGAAGGUUGGAGACGAUUUGGCAUCGAGAGAGGCGAGUCUAUCGCAGACCACAUGUACCGCAUGUCCAUCAUCUCCAUGUUCGCUCCCCCGUCACUCGCCAAACGCAUUGACCUCCACAAAUGCAUGAAGAUGUGCCUUAUUCACGACAUGGCUGAACUCCUCGUCGGCGACAUCACCCCCGUAGAUGGCGUCCCCAAGCCUGAAAAGAGCCGGCGGGAGAGUCUGACCAUGCACUACCUCACCAAGAAUUUGCUUGGCAACAAGGACGAUGCUGCGGUCGGCGAGGAUAUCCGGGCCAUUUGGGACGAGUACGAGGAUUCCAAGACGCUCGAGAGCCAAUAUGUCCACGACAUUGACAAGAUGGAGCUGCUGCUGCAAAUGAUGGAAUACGAGAAGCGCGCCGAGGGUGCCCUCGACCUGGGCGAAUUUGCAUACGUAUCGAGCAAGAUGGUGCUGGACGAGACCAAAGCAUGGGCCAAAGAGCUGAUAGAAGAGAGGGAGAAGUUCUGGGGCACCAAGCAGCAUGUUGACGGGGUCAAGGGUGUGGAGGGGGGAGUUACUGAGGAGAAGACCAAGAUGCAGGACGAGUACUACUCGAGGGAUUAA